AUGCUCUUCAUGGACCACCGGGGCAGCCUUUUCCACGAAGACCUGGCGGCCUUCGAGGAGCUGGGCCUCUUUAAGGAGGGUGCCUACGUGGUGGCGGACAACGUUCUGAAACCCGGGGCGCCGUACUUCCUGUGGCGGGUCUGCCGAAGUGGGCACUACGACACCCAGCUGACGGCGGUCCCGGAGUUUGGGCUCGGCCACCAGGCGCUCACGGACUGGAUGGCCAUUUGCCGCCGUGUCUCGCUCGGCCCCACCAGGCCGCCCGAGCCGCCCGAAGAACUGCAGCGCCUGGCCCAGAAGUGCGACGAUCUCCGGCGGCGGAGCUUGGGCGGGCGGCUCGAUGCAGAGGACUGGUCGACUCAUUCUGCAGAGAUGGAGGCCGGCCUGGCGACGCUGGGGAUCGCAGCCACGCUGCCAGAAGCGCCCCAAAACGACAAAAGGGCGCGACCGAAGCUCGUUGCUGGCAAUCCGUUGGUGGCGGGGCGGCCGCGGCACUCGCUCAGCGCGAAGCGCUCGCGACAGGCCAUAAAGAAGGAGAAGCGAAAGGCUCGGGAGCAGAAGCUCGAGGAUUGGCAGAUGAGGCACUGA